AUGUGGCCACUGAAGACCAUCAUCAUUUUCCUGUUGUGUUUCAGUCCCAGCCGUCAGCAGUUCCCCCGUCUGUGCGCCACCCAGGAGGCCCUGCGCGCCAAGGAGUGCUGCCCGGCCUGGGAGGGGGACGGCUCGGCCUGCGGAGCCAGCUCGGGUCGGGGCUUCUGUCGGGACGUGGAGGUCAGCGAUCAGCCCGACGGACCGCAGUACCCCUUCUCCGGACUGGACGACCGAGAAAAGUGGCCGCUGGUGUUUUACAACAGGACCUGCCAGUGCGCGGGGAACUUCAUGGGCUUCAACUGCGGGGACUGCAAGUUUGGCUACUUUGGACAGAACUGCAAUGAGAGGAGGGAGUCUCUCAGGAGGAACAUUUUCCACCUGUCCAGGUCCGAGAGGAUCAGAUUUGUGUCCUACUUGAACUUGGCGAAGCAGACUGUGAGCGCGGACUACGUGGUGGCCACGGGGACCUACCUGGAGAUGGGGAACGGGUCCAACCCCAUGUUCUCCAACGUGUCCGUGUACGACGUCUUCGUGUGGAUGCAUUACUACGUGUCCAGGAACGCGCUGCUGGGGGGGCCCGGGAACGUGUGGACGGAUGUGGACUUUGCGCACUGGGCUCCGGCGUUCCUCCCCUGGCACCGGGUCUACUUGCUGCACUGGGAGCACGAGAUCAGGAAGCUGAGCGGGGACACGAGCUUCACCAUCCCGUACUGGGACUGGAGAGACGCCCGGGAGUGCGCCGUGUGCACGGACGAGCUGAUGGGGGGCCGGAGUCCCCAGGACCCCGAUCUGAUCAGCCCCGGCUCGGUUUUUUCCUCCUGGAGGGUCCUGUGCUCUCAAGCCACUGACUACAACGACAGAGGUGUGCUGUGUGAUGCCAGGGCAGAAGGCCCACUGCGUCGCAACCCCGGCAACCACAACCGCAACCUGGUGGAACGACUCCCAACUUCAGCAGAGGUGGAGUUCACUCUCAGUUUGCCCGACUAUGACACCGGGGCAAUGGACCGCAGUGCCAACAUGAGCUUCCGGAACACUCUGGAAGGAUUCGGGGACCCUCGGACUGGUUUAGGGAGCAGUCCUCGUUUGGGCAUGCAUGCUGCUCUGCAUGUGUUCAUGAAUGGAUCCAUGUCUUCGGUGCAGGGCUCCGCAAAUGACCCCAUAUUUCUUCUCCACCACGCAUAUGUUGACAGCCUUUAUGAACAGUGGCUCAGGAGGCACAGGCCGUCACCGUCCCAGUACCCAGGGUCCAAUGCUCCUAUCGGGCACAAUGCAGAAUAUCACAUGGCGCCAUUCAUGCCCCUGCAUCGCAACAGAGAAUACUUCAUUUCCAGCAAGGAUCUUGGAUAUGAAUACUCUAAUCUGCUGGGUGCCAGCCAGAGGCUGGCGGAAUCUCUGCAUCCUUACCUGGAGGAGCUGCAGGCGGCGUGGCCCUGGCUGCUGCUGGCAGCACUCUGCGGCGGGAUUGUGGCAAUAGCCGUCACAGCCGCGGUCCUAACUGCAAAACGGCGAUACGGUGGCUCGUCUUUCCUGCCGGGGAGGAGCUGGAAAAACUUAUUUUCUCUCCCUGAAAGACAGCCACUUAUCUGGAGCAAUGACACAGAGGAAACCAGCCACCGUAACUACCAAACAGCUAUGUGAAGGUACAGCCUGCGCAGGGAAAUACCCAUUUAUGAAUCUUACUGAGCACUUUGAAGUCUGCCUGGAUCUACAAGUAUUGUUGAAGGUAAAACUGUAUUA